CUCAUUGAACCGCUACCACCAUGUCUCGACCUCAGGACGACAGAAACCAAGAAGCUACAGUAUACCUCGGCAACCUCGAUGAGAGGUGUACAGACGCGCUCAUCUGGGAGCUCAUGCUGCAAGCGGGUCCAGUCGUGAACGUGCACCUUCCGAAGGACCGGAUAUCUAUGACGCACCAGGGAUACGGUUUCUGUGAGUUUUUGACCGAGGAGGAUGCGGAAUACGCUUGUAAGAUUAUGAAUCAAAUCAAGCUGUGGGGAAAACCAAUACGGGUUAACAAGGCAUCCUCGGACAAGAAGCAGCUUGACGUGGGCGCGAACCUCUUUAUUGGAAAUCUGGACGAGAACGUCGACGAGCGGUUACUCUACGACACGUUCAGCGCUUUCGGCGUCAUGGCCACGACAGCAAAAAUUGCGCGCGAUCCGAGCAGCGGACAGUCGAAAGGCUACGGUUUUGUCUCCUUCACCGACUUCGAGUCAUCAGACGCAGCGGUCGAGUCCAUGAACGGGCAGUUCCUCAUGAACAAGGCCAUCGCGGUCCAGUACGCCUUCAAGAAAGAUGGCAAGGGCGAGCGCCACGGUACGCCCGCCGAGCGGCUGCUCGCUGCACAGGCUCGCAAGAACAACGCCCUCCCAGUCGCCGCGCGGCCUCCACCUGCGCCCAUGACUGCCAUGGGCGCGUUCGGUGCACGCCCGGCGAUGCCUGGCUAUCCUCAAGGCCCGUACCAAGGCCAGUUCGCCGGCGCGCUUGCUGCCGCUCCUGCGCCCCCACUCCCGCCUGGCUUCGCUCCCCAGCAGACGAUGAUGCCUGGUGGGAUGCCGAUGGGCAUGCCCCCGCCGCCUCAGGGAAUGCCGAUGGGUAUGCCGGGUAUGCCACCACCGCCGCCAGGAUUCGUACCUCAAGGCAUGCCCCCACCAGGGUUCAUGCAGGGCAUGCCGCCACCUGGUAUGGGCCCUCCGCCUAUGAUGCCUCCACCGCCGCCUGGCAUGCCACAACAGCAGCCGUAUAUGUGA